CACAACUAUUUCACAUCCAUGCACACUUGUCAUCGAGAUGUGCUGUUAUCACUGCGUAGUUCAAUAUUUUCGUAUAUUCACCGCGAUUUAAACGAAUAGCCCUUGUCUUUAACUUUAUUUUGUAUUGAUAAGUUGCCUUCUGCGCCAGUGAGUGUAAAGGCACUUUUCAAUCGAGCGAUACGUUCAGUCGGUAAAACAUUUUCCUCGUCAAAUUAUCUGUGAUUUUAUUCUAGACAACUUUAAAAAUGAAGAUCUUUUUGGCAAUCGUCGUGCUUUUGGCCGUCUGUUCUUCAGCAUUCGGUACACAAUGUAAUGUAAACCCGGUUAAUAUUCCGAAGCAAUGGAUCACUAUGACCCAUGGUUGUCGCAGCAGCGUCCGUCAGCAGAUCCAGAUGGAAGUAUCGGCCUCCAUCCAGUACUUGGCUAUGGGCGCCCACUUCUCUAGAGAUUCCGUGAACCGCCCCGGCUUCGCCAAGCUGUUCUUCGACGCCAGCUCCGAGGAAAGGGAGCACGCCAUGAAACUUAUUGAAUAUCUGCUGAUGAGGGGAGAGCUGACAACCAACGUCACGUCAUUGAUUACUAUUCGGCCCCCAGAACGCAAACACUGGGCAUCAGGUGUGGAUGCUUUGGAAGAUGCCCUGAAAAUGGAAACUGAAGUCACAAAGGCCAUUAAAAACGUUAUCAUCAAGUGUGAGAGCGACAGAGACGGCCAGGGUCACGAGAACAAUGAUUAUCAUCUUGUGGAUUACUUGACUGGUGACUUCCUGGAAGAACAAUACAAGGGUCAACGUGAUCUCGCCGGCAAGGCCUCCACUCUCAAGAAGAUGAUGGAGCGUCACUCAUCGCUCGGCGAGUUCAUCUUCGACAAGAAACUCCUUGGAAUGGACAUCUAAGUCAAGAAUCCAAGUCAAUUAUUGUAGACCUUUUUUUUUUAAAUUGUCAAAUUUUCUUUAAGCUGUAUUAUUAAUAAAGUGUAUAUUUAAACUUUUUGGUAGUAACAUGUUAAUUUAAAUUUAAUAGCAAUGUCAAAAUCAUAAUUACAAAUAAAAAAUAAAAUAUUCGAUUAUCGUACAAAAUCUUAUUAUUCAUAGUCUUGCCGUGUGUGUUAUAGUUAAGUCAUUUACAUACUACACAUUGGGCCAACCAAACCAAUAAAUAUAUAGAUACUAACUAUUAUGGAACAGUAAAAGUAUUUAACACAUUCUAUUACGAUAUUUUUAUUUGUCAGCUGUCAAUGUCUCAAUUGGCGCGAAAUGUUUUUUUUUUUUGUUUAUGCUCAAGGUAUGAUGCUCGUUCUGAAUAUUUUUUCGUAAAAAUAAAGUUUAAUCGUUUA